AUGCCCGGGUAUGGAGCAACAAUCCACGAACAGGAAGACGGAUUCAAGUACUUCGUAUUAGACAACGAGGAAGUUGGUCGUCGCCAUGGCAAAUACCUACCGCAAUGCAUCAUAGAUUCGGAUUUCGCUACAUUCAAUUUCUACACUCAAAAACCAGAGCUGCCGUACGCCAUUGGCAGUUGUCUGAAAGCCCAUCCGCAUACUCCGCAGCCGCCGGACAACGAUAUUACUCCUGGCGACGAGUUUGACUAUGGCAACGAGCGUAUGGAGCAUGAGAGCCAUACUGUUGACCCGCUUCAUCGCUGCCUAUUGCAUCCACCCUGGCCGGGCAAGACUGAAGCAGGCGUGGUGGAAUUCAAAGUAGUCGACUGGGUGCAAGCUGGCGACCCGAACAAUUCCCAGGUGGUAGCUGUGCGCAUUCUCAACUCUACCCUUGAUCUUCCCACCGACGUGGACCUCCUGGCUAAGAUUUAUGACCCCCUCUAUUUCGACUAUCUUCACUACCAUACAAAUAUAUUUCAGUAUCUCGAUUUUUGUUACAGGAGAGAGACCGCGGCCUACAGACAACUUACCGAUCUGCAGGGAAACAUCAUCCCAAAGUACUAUGGGUCAUUCACAAUGUCUCUCCCUGGCGAUGGAAAAAUUUCACGCCACGUCAGGAUGAUUCUGCUGGAGAUUGUACCGGGGCUGUCAAUGGAUAAGCUGAGCCCAUCGGGCUUCAAGCAGGCAGAGCGACAAGAGAUGAUGAAGGCCAUCGUUGAUUCCGAGCGCGCCGUGUAUGCUCACAAGGUAAUAAAUGGAGAUAUGCACCCGCGAAAUAUCCUAUUCCCACCGGAUCCGUUAGAUCGAGGCUGUAGAGCCGUCAUCGUGGAUUUCGGGAUAUCGCGCAUCAUCCCUAACGUCCAGAAGGAGUACCCACUCCCGGGGGUCACUCGUACGGCACCGCCUUUUCAUUGUGUUGACACUUACAAUUUCUUCGAAUGGGUAGAUUGGGAUUGGGAUGCGUGGAUUAAUGAGGUGUAUGCCGAUAUCAAGGGAACUAGUCUCACCUCUAGAGAAGAAUGCGUCAAACAUAUAUGCCGAGAACCAAAAGAAGAAAAAGGGUAG